GCUAACUGACCUGGUACCUUGCUUGCGGGUCACCUUCAGACGCGCUCCGGUGGGUGCUUGAGACGGUGGUGUUCUGGUGGUAGUGCAGUGAAGCGUGUCGAAUAAACGAAAGAGCUAUACCAUCGAAGUUUAAAAUCUGCUUCGACAACUUUAGGCACCCACCACCAGUAUGCCCGGCCACGUGAAGAAGAGCACGGGUCCCGACCCUGACCCCUCCGAGUUCUUGUUCAUCUCCAGGGAGAUGAAGAUGAAAGAUCAAACUAAGCCUUAUGACGCCAAGAAGUCCUGCUGGGUCCCUGAUCCCAAGGAGGGCUUCGUUGAAGGCCUGAUCCAAGGUACCAAAGGCGAUCUCGUCACCGUUAUGGCUAAUGGUGAGACCAAGAGCUGGAAGAAGGACCUCGUUGGACAAGUCAACCCUCCCAAGUACGAGAAAUGCGAGGACAUGUCUAACUUGACUUACCUUAACGAUGCCUCCGUCCUGUACAACUUGAAGAGCCGUUACGUCGCCAAGCUCAUCUACACCUACUCUGGUCUCUUCUGUAUCGCCGUCAACCCCUACAAGCGGUACCCCAUCUACACCAACCGUACAGUCAAAAUCUACCAGGGUAAGAGGCGUAAUGAAGUGCCUCCUCAUCUCUUCGCCAUAUCCGAUGGUGCCUACAUGAACAUGAUGCAAGGUGGAGAAAACCAGUCUAUGCUUAUCACCGGUGAGUCUGGUGCUGGUAAGACAGAGAACACCAAGAAGGUACUCUCCUACUUCGCCAACGUCGGCGCCACCACCAAGAAGAGUGGCGAAGAGAGCAAACAGAACCUCGAAGACCAGAUCAUCCAGACCAACCCUGUACUGGAGGCCUUCGGUAACGCCAAGACCACCCGUAACGACAACUCCUCCCGCUUCGGUAAGUUCAUCCGUAUCCACUUCCAACAAAAUGGCAAGCUGUCCGGUGCUGAUAUUGAGGUCUACCUGCUGGAGAAGGCUCGUGUCAUCUCCCAGCAGCCCGCCGAGCGUUCCUACCAUAUCUUCUACGAGAUGAUGUCCGACCAGAUUAAGGAGCUCAAGCCCUCGUGUUUACUUAGUGACGACAUCUACGAUUAUCACUACGUGUCUCAGGGCAAGGUCACCGUCCCCUCCAUUGAUGACGGCGAGGACAUGCAGUUCUGUCACGAUGCCUUCGACAUUCUUGGCUUCAACCCAACUGAAAUUUCGAACGUCUACAAGGUCACCGCCGCUGUCAUGCACAUGGGAGAGAUGAAGUUCAAGCAGAGAGGUCGCGAGGAGCAGGCUGAAGCCGACGGUACUGAGGUUGGUGACAAGGUCGCCACGUUGCUGGGCACUGAUGGUGAUGACCUGUACAGGAACAUUACCAAGCCCAAGAUCAAGGUCGGUGCCGAGUUCGUAGCCAAGGGCAUGAACGUGAACCAGUGUAAUUACUCCAUCGGUGCCUUGGCUAAGGGUCUCUUCGAUCGUGUCUUCAAGUUCCUGGUACAAAAGUGUAACGUGACUCUUGAGACUGGCCUGAAACGAGCUAUGUUCAUCGGUGUGCUCGAUAUCGCCGGCUUCGAGAUCUUCGAUUACAACGGCUUCGAGCAGAUCUGCAUCAACUUCUGUAACGAGAAGCUGCAACAGUUCUUCAACCAUCACAUGUUUGUGCUGGAGCAGGAGGAAUACAAGAAGGAAGGCAUCAACUGGGCCUUCGUGGACUUCGGUAUGGAUCUGCAGGCCUGCAUCGAGCUCUUCGAGAAGAAAAUGGGCCUUCUCUCCAUCCUUGAGGAAGAGUCCAUGUUCCCCAAGGCUACUGAUAAGACAUUCCAGGAGAAGUUAAACGUUAACCACCUUGGCAAGUCUCCUGUGUUCAUCAAGCCCAAGCCACCCAAGGCUGGUCAGCCAGAAGCUCACUUCGCCAUUGUUCACUACGCUGGUACUGUCAGCUACAACCUGAGUGGCUGGCUCGAGAAGAACAAGGAUCCCCUCAAUGACACUGUUGUUGACCAGCUCAAGAAGUCCAGCAACGAACUUGUCGUUACGAUCUUCGCUGACCAUCCCGGACAGUCUGGAACCGGUGAAAGUAAAGGUGGUCGCGGUGCUAAGUCCGGUUCAUUCAAAACCGUGUCAUCUGGAUACAGGGACCAGUUGAACAACCUGAUGAGGACCCUCAACUCUACUCACCCUCACUUCAUCCGUUGUAUCGUCCCCAACGAGACCAAGUCUCCCGGUGUGACUGACGCCGCCCUGAUCAUGCACCAACUGACUUGUAACGGUGUACUUGAGGGUAUCCGUAUCUGCCGUAAGGGCUUCCCCAACAGGAUGAUGUACCCUGACUUCAAGCACCGCUACGCUAUCCUGGCAUCGAGGGAGAUGAUUGAAGCCAAGGACGACAAGAAGGCCGCCAAGGCUUGUUUCGUAAAGGCUGGCCUGGAUGAGGAGCUGUACCGCUGCGGCAACACUAAAGUAUUCUUCCGCGCUGGUGUCUUGGGCACUCUAGAGGAGAUCCGUGACGAACGUGUGUCAUCACUCAUUUCCUGGCUGCAGUCAUGGAUUCGUGGCUGGAAGAGCCGAAAGUAUUAUAAGAAACUUCAGGAUCAGCGUAUUGCUCUCAUUGUUGUCCAGCGCAGUCUGAGAAGGUAUAAGGUGAUGCACGCCUGGCUCUGGUACGGCCUCUGGAAUGCAAUCAAACCCCGUCUCAAUGUUACACGCAUCGAUGACGAGCUUCGUAACCUUGAGCAGACGGCCGAGAAAGCUGAGAAGCAGUUCGCAAAGGAGGUUAUAUUGCGUAAGGAACUCGAGAUUACCAAUGCUGCUCUUCAAGAGGAAAGGAACAGUCUCUUGAUUGCUCUUGAUUCCACCAAAGGAGGAUUGUCCGAAUUUCACGAAAAGCAAGCCAAACUUCAGGGCCAGAAAGCUGAAAUUCAAUCACAACUCGCUGAAGCGACCGAACGUCUUCGUAAAGAGGAAGAAGCCCGCAAUUCCCUGGUCCAAGGCAAGAAGAAGAGUGAACAGGAGAUUAACAAUAUGAGAAAGGAUUUCGAGGAUCUUGAAACAGGCAUUCAGAAGCUUGAGCAAGACAAAUCCGCAAAGGAUCAGCAGAUUCACACCCUAAAUGAAGAGAUAGCCCAACAAGAAGAACUUCUUAAUAAGAUUAAUAAAGAAAAGAAGCACCUUCAGGAGUGUAACCAGAAGACCGCCGAGGAUCUUCAGAGCAUCGAAGACAAAUGCAAUCAUUUCAGCAAAGUAAAAUCAAAGCUUGAGUCCGGUCUUGACGAGCUUGAAGACUCACUCGAACGCGAGAAGAAGUUACGUAAUGAGGUUGAGAAAGCCAAGAGGAAAGUUGAAGGUGACCUUAAAUUGACACAAGAAGCUGUUUCUGACCUCGAGCGCAACCAGAGAGAGUUAGAGAACACUCUUCAACGUAAAGAUAAAGAGAUUUCUUCACUUGCCAAUAAGGUUGAUGAAGAACAAGGUAUGGCAAUUAAAACACAGAGGCAGAUCAAGGAACUACAGGCCCGCAUUGAUGAGCUAGACCAAGAAGUUGAACAAGAGCGUUCUAAUCGUGCCAAGGCUGAGAAGGCUAAAACGAACCUCGCCCGCGAACUAGGAGAACUGGGAGAUCGUCUGGAUGAGGCUGGUGGAGCCACAGCCGCCCAGAUCGAGCUAAACAAAAAGCGUGAAUCUGAGCUGGCCAAACUUCGCCGUGACCUCGAGGAGACCAACAUACAACACGAGUCUGCUCUUAAUCUUCUCCGCAAGAAACAUAAUGACGCCAUCAAUGAACUGUCCGAGCAGGUCGACUAUCUCAAUAAGAUGAAAGCCAGGACUGAGAAGGAUAAGGAGUCUAUUAAACGCGAUGCUGAUGAUGCAAAGGCAGCAAUGGACAGCCUGUCCCGAGAUAAGGCUGCUGCUGAAAAGACGAACAAGCAACUUCAUCAACAGUUCAAUGACCUUAACAGCCGAAUUGACGAAGCCAACCGGACACUGAAUGACUUUGAUGCUACGAAGAAGAAGCUUGCUGUUGAAAAUGCUGAUCUGCUUCGCCAAGUUGAGGAGGCUGAAAACCAAAUUAACAAUCUGUCUAAGCUGAAGCUAUCUCUUACGAACCAGCUUGAGGACGCCAAGAAAUUCGCAGACGAAGAGGGCAGGGAGCGUGCAACCAUUCUCGGAAAAUACCGCAACUUGGAGCGUGACAUUGAUGCACUUCGCGAACAGCUUGAUGAAGAAGCUGAGGGUAAAGCUGAUGUCCAGCGCCAACUGUCCAAAGCCAACGCAGAAGCCCAGAUGUGGCGAGCAAAAUAUGAAUCUGAGGGGAUUGCCCGGGCUGAGGAGAUUGAGGUUGCUCGUGCGAAACUUGCUGGUCGCCUAGAUGAAGCAGAACUACAAAUUGAGCAACUCAAUGUCAGGAACUUGAGCCUUGAGAAGAAUAAACAACGCCUUAGUUCCGAACUUGAAGAUAUGCACGGUACCGUUGAACGUGCACAAGCUCUUGCCAUUGCUGCAGAAAAGAAACAGAAGAACUUCGACAGGAUCAUUUCUGAAUGGAAGUUGAAGGUUGACGACCUUGCUGCCGAGCUUGAUUCUUCUCAGAAAGAGUGUCGUAACUAUUCAUCUGAACUCUUCCGCUUUAAAUCAGCCCAUGAAGAAAACAUCGAAAUACUUGACUCUGUCCGCCGCGAGAACAAGAAUCUUGGUGAUGAAAUCAAAGACUUGAUGGAUCAAAUUGGCGAAGGUGGUCGAUCCUACCACGAACUAGAGAAGAACAACAAGCGUCUUGAAAUCGAAAAAGAAGAGCUUCAGGCUGCUCUUGAAGAAGCUGAGGCUGCUCUUGAACAGGAAGAGAACAAGGUGCUUCGUAGUCAGCUCGAACUCAGCCAGGUCAGACAAGAGGUUGACAGGCGCAUUCAGGAGAAGGAGGAAGAAUUCGACAACACAAGAAAAUGCCACAUGCGUGCUAUCGAAUCCAUCCAAGCUUCUCUUGAAGCUGAAGCCAAGGGCAAGGCUGAAGCUCUUCGCCAAAAGAAGAAGCUGGAGUCUGAUAUCAACGAACUCGAGAUAGCCCUCGAUCAUUCCAACAAGGCUAACUCUGACCUUCAAAAACAUAUCAAGAAGCUUCAGAGCGACGUUAAAGACGCAGAAUUACGUGCUGAAGAAGAACAACGUAUGGCCUCAGAGUACCGAGAACAAUAUGGCAUUGCUGAACGCCGAGCAAACGCUAUAAAUGGCGAAUUGGAAGAAUCCCGCACUCUGCUCGAACAGUCUGACCGUGGUCGUCGUCAUGCAGAGUCGGAACUUCAUGAGGUUAAUGACCAAGUGGGCAACUUCACUGUCCAAAACAAUGCUCUUGCCAUUUCCAAGAGGAAGCUGGAGGCUGAAAUGACUACACUUCAGGCUGAUCUGGACGAGAUGCUGAACGAAUCAAGGAACUCUGAGGACAAGGCUAAGAAGGCCAUGGUUGACGCCGCCCGCCUGGCUGAUGAACUCCGCGCUGAGCAGGAACACGCCCAGACCCAGGAGAAGAUGCGCAAGAGUCUGGAAAUUACUCUUAAAGAACUCCAAGUUCGCCUUGAGGAAAGCGAGAGCAACGCCGCGAAGACCGGUAAGAAGGCUUUGAGCAAGCUGGAUAGCCGCAUUCGUGAACUUGAAGGUCAACUGGACGAUGAAUCUCGGCGUCACGCUGAUGCUCAGAAGAACCUGAGGAAGUGUGAGAGGCGCAUCAAGGAGCUCACCUUCCAGGCUGAUGAGGACAAGAAGAACCAAGAUAAAAUGCGUGAUCUUGUUGAGAAGCUGCAGCAGAAGAUCAAGACCUACAAGCGCCAGAUCGAGGAGGCCGAGGAGAUCGCCGCCUUGAACUUGGCCAAGUUCCGCAAGUCUCAGCAGGAGUUGGAGGAAAUCGAGGGGCACACUACUGUAAUAUAUUCCUAGAUUCAUGGGCUAUAAGGUUAAUAUCCAUAAUGAAUUCCUGCAAUCUUUACAAUUUUCAGAAGAACAAUAUACAAUCCUGUCGUAAUUAUGGCAUUGUUAUGUUCUUAUAUUUUUCACUAAAAUAUGAAGAUUACUGUAACACUUACAAGAUAUGAUAUGUCAAUAUAACAUGACUAAAAAAAAGAUAAUAAGAAAGCCCAUAAUUUAACUUUUAACUUCUUUUUUUUUUUGCAGUUUACAUCUAUUCGUUGAAAAAUCUAAAUUAAAAGAGAAAUAAAAAC